GCCGGUGCGGGACCCCGCCGCCGUUACCGCCGCGCCCGCUCCCACCCCCGGCCCCCUCCGCGCCGCCGCCGCCAUGCACCCGCGGCGCCCCGAAGGCUUCGACGGCCUCGGCUACCGCGGGGGCGGCCGGGAGGAGCUGGGCCCCGGCGGCAGGGCCUUCGGCGGCGCCGCGGAGCUGAGCCACUGGGUGACGAGCCCGCCCGACAUCCCCGGCAGCCGCAACCUGCACUGGGGGGAGAAGACGCCGCCGUACGGGGCGGGGACGCCGCUCGGGGGCGCCGCCCUCAACGAGGAGCCCUGCCUCGGGGCGGGCGGCCCCGGCGCCGAGCAAUUGAACAGAUUUGCAGGCUUUGGUAUUGGCCUCGCAAGCUUAUUUACAGAAAAUGUGUUGGCACAUCCUUGCAUUGUCCUGCGUCGUCAAUGUCAGGUUAAUUAUCAUGCUCGGAACUAUCAUCUCACUCCAUUUACUAUUGUCAAUAUUAUGUACAGCAUCAAUAAGACACAGGGUCCAAGAGCUCUUUGGAAAGGAAUGGGCAGCACUUUUAUUGUUCAGGGCAUAACUCUCGGAACAGAAGGCAUCAUCAGUGAAUUUACACCUUUGCCAAGAGAGCUUUCACAUAAAUGGAACCUCAAGCAGAUAGGUGGCCACCUUCUACUCAAAGGCUUAACACAUGUGAUAGCAAUGCCUUUUUAUUCUGCAAGCCUGAUUGAAACUGUGCAGAGUGAAAUCAUUCGAGAUAAUCCUGGAAUUCUGGACUGUGUGAAAGAGGGGAUCGGCAGAGUCGUUGGCAUGGGAGUACCCCAUAGCAAGCGUCUCCUUCCUCUGAUGGUGUUGACUUUUCCAACUGCUCUACAUGGAGUUCUUCACUACAUCAUCAGUUCCAUCGUCCAGAAGCUUGUUCUGUUUGUUCUGAAAAGGGAGAAUUCCCACAAUCUCCCAACAGAGAGCUCCACUUCUGUGCAGAGCGUGCUGGAUGCAUAUUUUCCAGAACUUAUUGCUAGCUUUGCUGCUAGCCUUUGCGCUGAUGUCAUGCUUUACCCACUGGAGACAGUUUUGCAUCGCCUUCAUAUUCAAGGGACACGCACGAUAAUUGACAAUACAGACCUUGGCUAUGAAGUGCUUCCCAUCAAUACUCAGUACGAGGGCAUGAGAGACUGUAUAAAUACUAUAAAACGGGAAGAGGGAAUGCUAGGUUUUUAUAAAGGGUUUGGAGCUGUUAUAGUACAGUAUAGCUUACAUGUAGCUGUUCUACAGCUCACCAAAAUUAUUUACUCAACACUGCUUCAAAAUGUUUCUUAAUUGUUCCGGUGUGGAUUUAGGACAGUGGUCUAGUUAUUUACCAACCUAACUAUUGUUAAAAGUGACUUAGAAUGACGUUGAAGAAUAUGCUCUAUGAAUUCUAUCUAUAUUGUAAAAGAACUUGUUUUAAAAAUUGGAAUUCAAAUAUCUCUCAAAAGUACUACUUAAGUUUAAAAUGAUAAACACCGAUUGAAUAGUGUAUGUGGUUAUACAGAAGAGAAUCAGAUUCUGACUGGAAUGAGGUUUUAUCUUUCCUCUUACCAGUUAACUAGCAUGAGGAAUAGAUUUGAAUUUUUCAUCUCUGCUUUCUAAGUAUCACAUCUGGUAUUUAAUUUGAACUGCUAGGCAGUUCAAAAGGAUUGUUUUCCUAAGUUUUAAGAACUUGGAAGUUGGAGAGUGAUGGGUUUACUGACCUUUUAAGAAUGUUUUCACUUUCACUGUUAAUGAAGCUGUGAGCAAAAUGUAAAACUUGAUAUAAAUGUCAUAAUUUACAGGUACAUAGAAGAUUUUUCUUAUUUUCACUGAUGCAGUGUGGCAGGAGAAGAUGAGGUAAAGUCCUUUGCUUUCAACAAAAUAUUGUGUAACCAAAACUUAAUUUUGAACAAAGUUGAACAGAAUGCAGAGAUUGGCUGUCUUGCAGUGUGUUAGCAGGGCUUAUGCUAACCAAAGUGUGUGAAUAAAGCAAAUUAGAAGCUGA